CCCACCAUUGCACGGGCGCGAGCACGCCAGGGUCCACGUCGGUGUUUGCGCGGCCGCUCUGGCUGGCCCUGGGGGCGGGGCUGUAGGGGAAAGUGCUAAAACCGUUGAGUGAAGUGAGAAUUCUACUAGAAAGGAAAUGGCUGCCUCUUCAUCAUCCUCCUCAGCUGGCGGGGUCAGUGGAAGUUCUGUCACUGGAUCUGGUUUCAGCGUCUCUGACCUUGCCCCACCUCGGAAAGCCCUUUUCACCUACCCCAAAGGAAGCUGGGAGAUGUUAGAAGAUGGCUCUGAGAGAUUCCUCUGUGAAUCUGUUUUCAGCUAUCAAGUGGCAUCUACACUGAAACAGGUGAAACACGAUCAGCAAGUUGCUCGGAUGGAAAAACUGGCUGGUUUGGUAGAAGAGCUGGAGGCAGAUGAAUGGCGGUUUAAACCCAUCGAGCAGUUGCUGGGGUUCACACCCUCUUCGGGUUGACCAUGACUCCGGUGUACACAGCAAGUGCAGGGCCAGCGAGGGACUUUCCGCACAGCUUGCAUAGCCAUCCAGAGACUCACAGUCCCAUUGCUGACUGCUCAUUCACAUCAAUACUUGGUUUCUCUGUAGCUGUCCACAAGCAACAAACAUUUAAAUGUGUGAUCACACAGGGAAAAUUUGUGUUUAUUUGUUUAUAAAAAGCAUUGAGAAUUACAUUAAGACAGUCUGCAUCGGAGAACCAAGAGGCUCGGGUUUAAGAGAUUUAUAAAACUUCACAAGCUGGGUAGAUUACAUGCUGGAACUGGCCAGCUAAACUCGGCUUCUGGCAUUCAUGCAGUGCAUGGGAUCCUCACCAGUCAAGUCUAGGUCAGGAUCUGGAGUUGUAAAAUCCAGCAUUUCUGACCUGAAACAUUGUUUUUUGCAGAUGAAUGUGAUUUCAACUCAGGACCUGUCUAAAUAUGGAAUUUGUAAAUGAUUGGGGUUUUUUCUAUUUUUAGACAUCUAAUUCUAUAGAUUCUUUUUCUAACCUAGAUAUGCCAGUGCAGGCAAAAAGAACUGUUUCUUAAAUGUUACGGUGCAUGUAAGAAUCAAGCAGUGAGCAAAGUCCUUUAAACACAGAAAUCCUCUUGUUGGUGGGCUCAAGCAAUUCUGUAGCAAAUAAAUCCUCUGAAAGCCCCAGAUUGGUUUCUUUAUCCUUGCAAAGUCUCAGGGCUUUGGGAUGGAGGGAAGAGCUCAGAUUAUUUUUUAUAAGAAUAAAAUCUGAAAACUCUCCUAAACAAAUGGUAGAUUUGCUUUAUCUCAGGGAUAUUUGUCUUUAUAAAAGCAUAUGAAUUUAUCUUAUCAAUAUCUGAGUAGGUUUUUUGUGAUGGAGAAAAACUCGAAAAGCUAACAUACCCUUCGUUCUCCCUCAUGGGGCCCAGGGUCCACACUGCACAGUUAGAGAAUCGUAUUGAUUAGAUUUUAUGCAAAUUUCACCUCAGAAACAUUUGCCUUUCUCCUCAUUAAUAACUUUUACUUGACCUGCUUUUAGAGUUGCUUCUUUAUGAAUAAAUAUAAUCCCAGCGGCAAUUGGCCUUAAUCUCAGGGGUUCAAAGUGUUUAAUACACACUACCUGACAGGGAGGUGGCGACCUCACUGAAUCAGUGAGGACAGAGACGGUGCAGACCUGCUCAGGGUCACGUAGCCCAGGCAGAAGAGGAUCUUGGAACCUGGAAUAGGUCAGCUGGUUGAUAAUCCAGCCCACUGCUCUUGCCUCUAAAGCACAUCGGAUCACAAAAAUGACUGGCCCACAAACUCAUCUGUUUCUAUAUUAAUACUUCUUAACCCACACAAGCUCCAUGUUUGAAAACUAGUGAGGUUCCUAACAUACUUUUUAGCAUCAACCAUGUGAAUUAUUACCAAAG